AUGACGGGGAUUCUCCUACUUCCAGAGCUCAUUCCUCCAGAAGCACCAGCGAGCAGCUUCCUGCUGGAGGGAGACAUCGUCAAGGUGAGUCCUUUCAGAGUGUUUUCAUCUGCAAGCCCAAAAUGGCCUAAGAGAAGAGGAACUGUCCAAAUUCCCUACAUCAUCUCCUACAAAUAUGACAAGCCUAGUGUGAAGAUCAUCAAGGAAGCAUUUGCAGACUUCGCAAGGUUCACAUGCAUCAAGUUUGUUCCAUACUCGUACCAGAGAGAUUUCAUCUCUAUCAUGCCGAUGUCUGGGUGCUUCUCCAGCGUUGGACGCACUGGUGGGAUGCAGGUGGUCUCCCUAGCACCUGCUUGCCUCAGAAGGGGGAAAGGGGUGACUCUGCACGAACUCAUGCAUGUGGUGGGUUUCUGGCAUGAGCACUCCAGGGCUGACCGGGACAAGUACAUUAGCAUUUCCUGGAACGAAAUCUUGACUGGUUUUGAAAUUAACUUCAUGAAAUCCUGGAACAGCAACAUGUUGGUGAACUAUGACUAUUCCUCAGUCAUGCACUAUGGCAGGUAUGCCUUUAGUAUGACUGGCUUGCCCACCAUCAUACCACUCUCCAAUCCUUAUGUUGCUCUUGGCCAGAGGUGGAAUCUGAGCAGUUCAGACAUUGCCAGAGUCAACAAACUCUACAAAUGUUCUCCGACUCUGACAGAAUCAGCUCCAAGGACUACAGUGCAGCCUGGUUGGCAGGUCUGUGACUUUGAAAAGGACUUGUGUAGCUGGCAGCAGAGUGAUACUGAUGACUUUGACUGGAUACUUGCUGGGGAGAGACCUGCUAGAUCAGCAAUUGGUGGCAACCUCUCUGAAGAAACCCAUUCUCCUCCCUCCAGGGGCGGUUACAUCUCCCUGAAGUCCCCUUCUGCCAGACAAACCACAGGACAUAAGACUUCUCUAAUCAGCCCCAUCCUGCAAAGGCUUGGAUGCAUCCACUUCUGGUACAGUCCCCUGGGCUCUGUCAUGGGCACAAUAAACAUCUAUAUCAAGUUGACAGAUGCCCCUGAGUGGCACAGAAUCUGGUCUGCCAAAGGGCAGCAAGGCACAGACUGGCAUCAAGUAGGCGUGGAGGCCUCUGAGUCACAGAAGCUGCAGGUGAUGGUGGAAGGUGUCAUUGGCCCAGACGCAGGGAGUGAUGUUGGCAUUGAUGACCUGUCUGUCUGCGGGGCAGAGUGUCGGGGAGGCUGUGACAAGCUGAUUCAUUGA